CAUAUUCCACAUCAUAUUGCGUAGUUACUACGAGUUUCCAGGUAUUAAUAGAUAUUAUUAGCAUACCUGUUAACUGCAGUCAUGACGUUCUUCACAGCGACACCGAAUGAACUGGACUCACGGACGCCGACAUCUUCGAAAGGAAAUUCUGGAGCCUGUGGGACUCCAAAAUUGCUGAAUUUUAGCUAUAAACUCGAUUAAAGUAUUAAUAAUUUCAUAUAUCAUUACUUAGUAUGUAUUAAAUCUGAUCCCAGACUGAAAAUCGAAUCAGAAAUGUGGGAAUAUAGAUUGGGAUUUAGUUCCAGCGACGCGGCGACGCUCGAUGGUUUUCACUUGUUUUUCGAUAAAUAUGAAUUAUGAAUUCUCGAUUUUGUUAGAUUAUACGUUUAUCAAAACUUUGAAAGUAAAUUUUGGAAACAAAUUUCAAUUUCUAUAAACUAAAUUAACUGAAAAUGCUAGCGAUCUCGAUUAAUUCGCUUAAUUCAAAUCUGUACUAUCUAUAUUGCAGUCGCUCGCGCGAUCCACCUAAGAAUAUCGCACAUGUUGCAGCUCAAAUGAAUCAGGAAUAUUUUUGUAAUUAUCGAUAAAGCCUAAAAAUUGUAGAAGCAGUUCGAAUAUGUAUAUUCAUUUAUGUAUAUUUCCGGUCUCUGUGUUUGCAUUCCAUAGUUACGAACAAAGAGCAUAGGGAUACACGACCUCGCCUUACCGCCAAUUCAAAAGUACCCAGUGGGCUCUGCUUCUAUUCAUUUGACAUUUGGCGCAUGCAUUAACGCGAUAGCAUCCAACUAUGUUCAGUUAUUUAUAAUAUUGUGCAACAAACUGAAAUAUUUAGUUCGAAAUGGACGAAGAGAUUGACAUUUACGCUGAUUUACCCAGUUUCAACGAAGACAAUGAAAAUCAUGCGGAAAAAAAUAAGAUACUUUCGGAGAAUUGUGUGGAACUGGAAAAGAAAGUUGAUGAUCUGACACAGAGCCUCGAAGCUGUAAAGAAGACAAAUCAUAAUUUGGAAGUUAACCUCUCUUCUUUACUGCAAACAGCUAAAGCAGAAAUAGCCAGAAAGGAUAGAAUGAUUGCUGAUCUUAGAAAAGAAUUAGAAGACAUACGAUUCCGAAGAGGAAGUAACAAUCGACCCGCACAUCGUAGUCCUCCAAGAAAGAAGAGAGAAGAAAUUUUUAAAAGUAAAGACAAUAGUGUUCAAAUACCUAAAGUGCCGGAUUUAACUGAGUUUGUAUGUGAUCCUCCUGUAUCUGAUGAUGACGACGAUGAUACUACCAACAAAUCGCAGCAAAUUAAUGCUCUUGCAAGCACAGUGUUUGGUCAGCGAUUGCACAAGAGGAUUCUCAAAGAACAGGAAGCAGAGAAGAUGCAAAGUUUACGAUCCAAGGAUAUUGGAGAACAGGAUCUUCGGAAGCAGAAUAUUGAACCUAGUGUAUCAAGACUGGUUGACGAGAAUGUUGAAGUUUCUUCAAAAGACUCGAGCCAGCCUCAUAGUCCCAGGUUAGAUAACAAGGGAAGCAAUGUAACUAGGACAAAGCACAAGGAUUCGAGCCUUGAUUCGGAGCAUAGUUCACAUUCUCAGGAAAUCAAUAGUCAUACUAGGUGGAAAACUUCAACUGUUGAUGAUCGUCGUGACAGAAAGAGACCCUUGGUAGACAACUCGGAUACGAAAAAUUACAAAAGAUUUAAGACGAAUGACCGUGAAAGCAGGCAUCGCGAUAGAAUUUCUCAUGUAGAUAGAAGUGAUCGUUCUAGCUCUAGAAAAGGAAACAGAAAUAAAUCCAGGGAUCGACACAUUAAUGAAUUUGUUGCGGAUAAUACUAAAAGUAAAGGAGGAAGCGCUACCACAACAGUUGAAAAUGAACAUGAAGACGGACAUAACAGAGUUGCGUUACGUUUAUUACUACUCGCGGAAGGAAUUGAUCCAGAUCUCGAUGAAAACAAUUCGGUCAAGCAUGAAAAAAGAGCUUUUUCUGAUAAGGGGGAGGAUGCGCGGGCGAACGGUAAAAAAUUCAAUAAUACACGGAGUAGAUCUAGAAGCACGGAGCACAAUAUUCGUAAUGAAAAAAAUAAACGCUAUAACAGAUCGCGCAGUAGAACGCCCGAAAAAUUUUACAAAAGUAAAAAUCGAGAUAGACGUAACGACAAUAGUUAUAGAAAAACAAGCAGGGACAGAUUCGAUAGACGAAAAGAUCAAAAAAAUAAAGACGGUGAUAAUCUGAGUGAAUUUAGUCAAGAAAUUCAUGAAUUGAAGGAAAAAAUUGAGCACAGCGAUCGAGUAGAAAAGAGUAAAAACCUAAAUGCGCACAAAAAAAUUAAUGACAGAACCCACCACAACGCGAGAUCUAAGACACCGGACAAUAAUAAAAGAAAUAGCGAAGAAAAGAUAACCCGCGCGUCCUCUAAAGAUGAAAAGUCGUCCAGAAAAUCAAAGUCGCGAGAAAAAAAGCAUUCUAGAGAGCGGAACCGAAGACCAGAUCAUGACGAAACCCGCGUUCCUUCUGCAGCUCAGACUUCACAACCUGUUGUACGGGCGAUAAAAAAUAUCGGGGGCGAAGAAAUUUUACCUCCCGAGGACAUCGCGGAGUCGUCAAAUGUCCCGGAAACAAAGAGUUUGGUAUCUCUGGAGGACGGCGAGAUCGUAGAUAGCGUUACAUCUAGUCCUGUUAAAAGUAUAAACAGUAUUGCAAAUGAUAGUAAAGAAAUGUUACCGAGAGUCAGCAAGCUUCAUUUAUCUGAUCCAAAGCAAAUGAUACCGCAGGAAAAGUGUUCACAUCCGUUAAGAGAAAUCGGAAACAAUCAAAUUUACGAACAACCCGUAGUUUCCGGUGAAACAGUGUUGACGAUUCCCGAAUCAAACCGACCAGCUGGCCCAAGUGAGGCUUUGAAUAUCUCGAAAGAAGAAAGAAUUGAAAAUAUAGCAGAAUUUAUCGCGAAUUUUACGCAAAAAGGGAAUGAAAAUUCUUCACAAAGUCGAAAAAAAGAUCAACCGGACGAUGAAAUAUCUCGCAAUAACUCCAUGGAUAUGAAACAAUCUGAAACUGUAUCGUCAGCUACAAAAGAUUGCAAUAAAAAAAUGCAGAUCACGAAUAAUACCGUUUUGCAAGGUUCCUCCAAAGACGAUUCUCCGAUAAUACCUUACGAAAAAAAUGACGAUAAUAUCAGUAACAUGAAUCAGAAUGAAAAGGCAAAUCGUACAGAUAAUGAUUGGUGUCUGAUUGCAAUCGAUAGCCCGGUGAAAAAUUUCGAAGAGAAUAGAAAGACUAGAUUGAAAUUUCAGGAAACACAGAUAGCUAAAAAUGGCGAACUUGAAAACAUCGUCGCUUUCGAUAAACCUGCACCUGAAAACUCAAAAGACGAUUCUAAAAUUUCAUCUACUGUGGAUUCGAGUAAAAAGCCAGAACCUGUUGACGCAAAAGUUACCCCCAUAAAAACGGCAAAAGGUAAAAUUAAGGGACCUGGAAUCAAAUCGUUCAAAUCAACUUACUCCAAAUUCGGAAAAGAAAUAGUGUUGUCCGAUGCAAAUUCUGAACAAUGUACUAGAAUUGCAUCGUCUGUCUCUGCUAAACCCACUAUAAAAUGCCUCGAUGAUGCCGAAACUGAAGUUCAAGGUAAAGAUGGUUCAAAAAAAGUUGAGGGGCCUAGUGGUAAAGUAAAAAAAGAUCAACAAAAGGUGAUCGUCUCUGGUAGACGGAGAAAACCGGUACUUUUAGAGGACAGUACGUCUGCAUCAAGCGUUGCUAUCAGCCCAAAUUCAUCUACCGAUUCGGUGGUUGAUUUCCCAGUGAAUAUUGUAGCUAAUAAGAACCCAUCUCCAAAUAAUUGCGAUGGAUAACAUUGACGAUCCAAUUGAUAAUUGUGAAAAUCGAAGACUACCAAAAUGUAAGCACUGAAUAAAAAAAUCGGUACCAGGAAGAAACGUAAAACUCGAAAGUUGAUCCAGUUCAUUUUUUUGUUGAUUAAUAGUUUUGUUUUAUGAACAAUUACUUUCGCGUAUAAAUAUUUCGAAUGAUGUUACUGCUUCUUUAUUCUGAAAUCGCAUUGUUCAGCUCUUGUAGCGAGUUAUUACCGAUGUACCGAGUCAUAUUUAGUUGCUUUACUUUUCGUACGAUUAAAAUUGACAUGAUCAAAUUAUAAUCCGUUUCAAAAUUGUAAUUGAUCAUUUUUUUGCUUGCCGAUGAUGAAAAGUUAUUCGUUGCACCGCUCUUGUAUAGAGUUACAUUAUUUAUGUACGAACUAAUGAAUGUUCUUGUGACAUAAAUUUAUAUAUGUAAAUAUUUUUUUUUAAGAUGCAGUACCUUAGAUGUACAGACUGAUUGUUAUUUAAUUUUUAAGAAAAAGAUUUAUUGUUUUAUUCAACGGUUCUGAUUUGUUACUCUCUUCAAAUAAACAUAAAUCGUCGAUCAAAAUAA